AGUUUGGAGGCGCGGUGUGAACGGAUCUUGUUGGACAUGGAAGCGGCGCUUACAGCUCGGGACCGCGUGGGCAUCCAGGAUUUUGUGCUUCUGGACGCCUACACAAGCGAGAGCGCCUUCCUAGACAACCUCCGAAAGCGCUUCAAUGAGAACCUCAUCUACACAUACAUUGGCACUCUGCUGGUGUCUGUUAACCCUUACAAGGAGCUGGGUAUCUACACCAAAAAGCAAAUGGACACAUAUAUGGGAGUCAACUUUUUCGAGCUUCCACCUCACCUCUUUGCCCUGGCUGAUAACGCUUACCGCACCAUGCUGGCAGAGAACAACAACCACUUCAUCCUGAUUUCAGGAGAGAGUGGGGCGGGCAAGACCGAAGCCUCCAAGAAGAUCCUGCAGUUCUAUGCAGCCAGCUGCCCUCGCACCAAACUGCUGGACAGCGUCAGGGACCGCCUCCUCCUCUCAAAUCCUGUGCUGGAGGCCUUUGGGAAUGCCAAAACACUGAAGAAUGACAACUCCAGCCGCUUUGGGAAGUACAUGGAUAUCCAGUUUGACCACCAGGGGGAGGCUGUGGGGGGGCACAUUCUCAGCUACCUGCUGGAGAAAUCACGGGUUGUCCACCAGAACCAUGGGGAGAGGAACUUCCACAUCUUCUACCAGCUGGUGGAGGGGGGGGAGGAGGAACUGCUGCGCUGGCUGGGGCUCGAGAGGAACCCACAGCAGUACAGCUACCUGGUGCAGGGGGAGUGUGCCAAAGUGAGCUCCAUUAAUGACAAGAAUGACUGGAAGACAGUUCAGAAAGCCCUCUCUGUAAUUGAUUUCAGUGAGAGUGACAUAGAGCACCUGUUUGGAAUCAUCGCCAGUGUCCUUCACCUGGGAAAUGUCAGAUUCCAGGCUAAUGUCCAGGGAUAUGCCACAGUCAACAGCAGUGCAGAGGUGCACUGGCUGUCAAAAUUGCUGGGGAUCCGUGCGCAGGUCCUGCAGGAAGGUUUGACCCACAGGAAGAUUGAGGCAAGAACAGAGGAGGUGCUCAGCCCAUUCACUGUGGACCAUGCCCUCUAUGCCAGAGACGCUCUGGCCAAAGCUGUUUAUGGUCGCACCUUCACUUGGCUGGUCAGCAAGAUCAAUGAAUCUUUAGCUAAUAAGGACUCCUCAAGGAAGACGGUUAUAGGGCUGCUGGACAUCUAUGGCUUUGAGGUCUUCCAUGUGAACAGUUUUGAACAGUUCUGCAUAAACUACUGCAAUGAGAAGUUGCAGCAGCUGUUCAUCCAACUGACCCUGAAGUCUGAGCAGGAGGAGUAUGAGAUGGAGGGCAUUGAGUGGGAGACAGUGUCGUUCUUCAACAACAAGAUCAUCUGUGACCUGGUGGAACAGAAGCAUAGAGGCAUUAUCUCAGUGCUGGACGAAGAGUGCCUGAGGCCUGGAGAGGCCACUGAUCUCACCUUCCUGGAAAGACUGGAAGAGAAGAUAGGCGGACACCCCCACUUUUUAACGCACAAGCUGGCUGAUCAGAAAACACGCAAAACCCUGGAGAGGGGGGACUUCCGCCUCCUGCACUACGCUGGAGAGGUCACAUACUGCGUUGUGGGAUUCCUGGAUAAAAACAACGACCUUUUAUACAGAAACAUCAAAGAAGUAAUGCGUCUGUCCAAAAAUGCCAUUGUGAAGCACUGCUUCCCCUCCACUGAGCCAGACAACAAGAAGAGGCCUGACACGGUAGCCACCCAGUUUAAGAGCAGCCUGGUGGGGCUAACUGAAAUCCUCAUGGCCAAGGAGCCCUGGUAUGUGCGCUGCGUGAAGCCCAAUGACUCCAAGCAACCAGGGCGAUUUGAUGAUGUGUUAGUCAGACACCAGGUGAAGUACCUAGGCCUGAUGGAGCACCUCCGUGUCAGACGAGCUGGCUUUGCUUACCGACGCCGUUUUGAGGUCUUCCUGCAGAGGUACAAGGCACUCUGUCCAGACACCUGGCCACACUGGAAAGGAUCCGCCGCUGAGGGUGUGGAGCGGCUUGUCAGACACCUGGGCUACAAACCUGACGAGUACAAGAUGGGCAAGACUAAGAUAUUCAUCCGCCAUCCCAGAACCCUCUUUGCCACCGAAGACGCCUUUGAGGUCUGCAAACAUAAACUGGCAACAAGAAUCCAGGCUAAGUACAAAGGAUACAGAGGAAAGGAAGAAUUCCUGAGACAGAAAGAAGCAGCCACAAAGAUUGAGACGUGCUGGAGGGGCCUGCAGGCUCGAAGAGAGAGAGAGAGGAGAGCUUGGGCUGUCAAAGUCAUCAAGAAGUUUAUCAAAGGCUUCAUGACCAGAAACCAGCCAGCCUGCAUGGAUAACUCUGAGUACCUGGCCUUUGUUAGACAGAACUACCUCUCCCGUCUGAGGGACAGUCUGCCCAAAACUGUUCUGGAAAGAAACACCUGGCUGACCCCACCCCCCAUAAUGGAAGAGGCCUCACAGAUUCUAAAAAAACUCUACACCCGUCACAUGGUGAGGCAGUACGUUCGAGGGAUCACCGCACAACGGAAGGCACAGCUGCAGCUAAAAGGUGUUGCCAGUGCCCUAUUUAAGGGGAAGAAGGAAAACUACCCCCAGAGUGUGUCCAAACCUUUUGUUGACACAAGAAUAGGGGAACAGGACAUUAACAUGAAGGUCUUACAGCUGAUUCGCCAUGAACGCAUCAAGUACAGCACCCCUGUGGUGAAGUAUGACAGGAAUGGUUUCAGACCCCGCCUCCGGCAGCUCAUUCUCACACACGCCGCACUCUAUGUGGUGGAGGACGCCAAGAUCAAGCAACGGGUGGAGUUCAGCUCUCUGAAAGGUAUGUCAGUCAGCAACCUGAGUGAUAACUUUCUCAUCCUCCAUGUCACGUGUGACGACACCAAGCAGAAGGGGGACUUGGUUCUGCAGUGCGACCACCUGUUUGAGGCUGUCACCAAGUUGUGUGUGCUGGCCAAUAAGCACAGCUGUAUCAAAGUGGCACAGGGCAGUGUCCGAUUUGAUAUCCAACCAGGCAGAGAGGGCUUUGUGGACUUCAGCAGUGGCCAGGAGUCCAUGGUCUAUAGAGCUAAAAAUGGCCACCUGAUGGUGGUGACAGCUCAACUCAAAAAUAAGUGCUGA